AAUUUUUUUUUAAUAAAAAUUUUUGGGAUAAUUUUACUUGGCGCCCGUCGUCCUUUCAGGUUUGCGUGAAUAUUUUUAUACGGCCUUGCUCGCUUUCUGCCUGAAGCUUUCCUAUGGGCUGUAGAAUUGGAACAGAUCAGUUCCCGUAAUAUUUUAAAUCCUUACUAUUUCCAAUUAAUCGAAAUGGAUUCAACAAAACAAUCGUCAACAAAUAUCCUUACUUAUUUCAACAUUAUUUAUAUGAUUUUAGGUUAUUAUUUUUUAAUAUCGGGUAUAUUAAUAUUUGAAUUUUAUAAACCGAUUUUUUCAAUUUACCCAAAAGAAGCUGUGGACUCAAUCGUUUUAUUAGACGCGGGACGAGGUGCUACAUCAAUUUUAGUCUUAUAUUCGUUAAUAUAUGGCAUGAUUAUGUUAUCAGUUGGACUAUUAGGAACUUAUAUUUUAACUGUGCAAGGAAUUUGUGAAUUGAAAACGUUUGCAACCAUUCUUGGAAUUUUAUCAAUUUCUAAGAUCAUUUUAGGAAUUUUAAUGAUAUUGAUCUCAUUAAACGUUUUACUUCCUUUGCAAGUUUGGGGUUACAUGACCGUUAAUUUUGUUAAAAUGAAAAAUGAUGUAAAUGCGGUCCAAGCACAAUUAUUUCUACAAGAAAAAUAUAAUUGUUGUGGAGUUAACAACUCAACCGAUUAUGAUAGAUUAUUUCCAUAUAACACAUCCCAAAUAGACAUAUUAGGAGCCGAUAAUUGCACCACAUUCAAUGAAACUCAACUUUUGGGCUGUGAAAUGAAAGUCUCCGAAUCUUAUUUUUGUCAGUGGCAAUUAAUGGGAGUAACUUCUUUCUGCAUAUCUUUAUUAGAGAUUGUCGGGGUUAUUCUCAUUCAUCGAGCCAUUAAAAAUCUUAUGUUUCCAAAACGAUUUUUUAACCCAGAUAACUUACCAAGAUAUUAUUUAGAAGACGAUUUAACGACAUAUUAAAUAAACUCAAAAUUUCUUCAUCCGGAAUAUGUUUUUCAAUCAAAAUCAAUUAGUUUUUAGCCUUUAAAUCAAUAAAAUUUGUAACCCUGUUAAAAGAAAUUCUCAAUUAUAAGCAAACAGUAAUAUUCUCGUAUAAAUCAAUUAGAUUUUAUGAGGGCACGAGAUGUUAACGUUUUAUUAAGUCAAUAGAUUGAAAUAACGAUGACACAAGAACAGCUCUCGAAACGACUUCAGGUUAACUGUUUCAACUACUAAUUUAACAAAGAUCAUUUAUAUCUUUUUAUAAAGAGUGAUUACAAUGGUAACUUUGAAACUAAUAAGUAAUUUUAUAAUAAUAAAUAAAAACGUACCUAGUUGACACAUCUAAUUUUUAGGAUAGACUUAAUAAUUUCUUUUGAAUAAGAAUUUUUUUAUAACUACAAAACGAAUCAAUUUUAACUCAAAUAACUUAAUUAUCCAUCAUUCAACAUCUAAUUGAAUCUAGUUGAGGUUAUGUAUUGUUUUUGUAGUUAUCGUUGUUACCGACACUUCCAAUAACAAUAAAUAUACUUUGAAUUCAA